AUGGAAGAGCAACAAUAAUACAAUUCAUAACAGAGUUAUGAAAAUAUUAGCAAUAAAGUAAAAAAUAUAAGAGACUCUCCAAAUAUAUCUUCUUUUCAUUGUGAUGAAAGUACUGAAAAUAAAUUGUAAUAAAUAAAUAAAUGUAAAGGAGGAAAUUUAAAAAAUGAUGAUGAAGAAUAAUAACUAUAAAAUAAAUCUAAAUAAACUUAAGAAGAAUGUAACAUUUAUGAUGAAGAAAAAAAAUAAAUUGAAAAUUUGUAGCAUAAACCAUAAAAUGAAUACUUAUAUAACUACUAACCAUUAUAGAAUUCUACUAGCAAUUAGUAAAAUAGUAAAAUUAAAAUUGGCUUACCAAACAUUGGAAUGACUUGCUAUAUUAACUCAGCAGUUCAAUAAUUAAGAUAAUUUUAUUACAUAGACAAUACAAUAUUUGCCACUUCAAAUUUUGGUUAGCGUUUUAAGGAACUUUUUAAUCAUCUCGAAAAUCGAAACUAAGAAUAAGUCUAUAAUAUAAUGGAGUAUAUUGUAUAAAAUGCAAAAUAGUAAUAAAAUCAUCAAUUAGGUGGAGAUGCUUAUAUCUGCAUUAACAACUUUCUUAAGCAAAUUAGGUAAGAUAUGAAUACUUAUUGCGAUGAAUUAGAAUUCGAUAAUAAAUUUUUACUCAAAUAUAGCGAUUAGUUAUAUUGUUCCAAAUGUAAAAAUAAUAUCCAGCACACUAAAGAUUAAUUUACAUUUCAUUAAUAUGAAGAAUUUGGAUAAGAAUGCAAUUCAUUAUCCGAUGCCUUUAGCGAAAAAGGUGAUUAAACCAUGUUUCUUGAGGUAAAGUCUGAUAUAAUUUGUGAUUAUUGUGAACAUAAGGUAUUCUUAGCAAAAAGAGAAUAUCAAGUAGCACCUAACUUCAGGAUGAUAAGAUUAUUACAACCUAAUUAAUAGCCUUGGGAUGGUUAUAAUAAUAAUAAUUUAUUUGAAUAAUAAUUUGAUUUAAUGGUAAAAGGUUAACAAUAAAAAUAUGAAAUAAUUGGAUUUUGUAAUCAUUAUUUACAACAUUAUAAAUAUUUUGCAAAAUAUGAUAGCGAAUGGAUAGUUUUCAAUGAUAACUUUACAUAUUCUCUUCCAUAUGUUUCUCAUCUAGAUUAUUCUAAAGCAUUAUAUUUUGUUUUUAAAAAAGUAUAAAAUAAUUUAGUAAAAUCUGAAAAAAACUAAUAGCUUCCAAAUUCAAAAUAAAUAGAUGUUACAAAUGAUAGAUAUUCUGAUAAAAAUUCAUCUAAAAGUUUUAAUAGGAAUGAUUAAAUAUAAUUUGAUAGUAGCUGGUAAAAGAAAUAAGUAGAUUAAGAUUCAAAUAUGAGUAAAUAAAGAAACAAUCAUAAUGAAAAUUAUCAUCAAAACAUAUAUUUUGGGUAAAAAUAAGAAAAUAAUUAAUAAUUUCAAGAGGAAAUAGAUAAAGAUAUCAAAUUAAAAAAAUUUGAGAAAGUUUGCAAAAUGUUACCUGAUUUAGAAAAUAAAAGUAGAAAAUAUUGA